CCUGCAUAAAUUAUCAGCCUCACCGCCUUCCUCAUUGAUCUCAACGCCAGCUUGCUCCUUUAUCUUCAUUUCAUCUUCCUCUUUCUCACACUCUCUAUAGAUCAUUCCAUUCUACACACUCCCGCUCGCUAAUAAGGAGAAUGUCCGUGUCCGGCGUCUCUCCAUCAGUCAACGGACAUGGCGCACCCGACAUCUUCAACGCCAGCUCCGUCGCGGAGAUCAGAGCCACCUUGUCGCAUCUACACGACCAGGAAGCUUCAGUAACCGCUCGACUGGACGCCCUCGUGACCUCCCAGAAAGACUUCUCGCGCGAGUUCGGUCGAUUGGAUCUCCUUCGAGCCCAUCUGAGCUCCCAGACGACCACCACCCGGACCGUAAGCCAUGGCAUGCUCUCCGACGCCGCUGCCACGGCCGAUCGCAUCUCGAGCGCCGUCCGCCGUCUGGACCUGGAACAGUCGCACGUCAAGGCCACACUGCAGGUCGUCGAACAGGUCUCGGAGCUCAAGGCCUGCGUGCUGGGCGUGUCCGGGUCCAUGGGUGCCCCGCAGGACUGGGAGACCGCGGCUACCUACCUGAACCGCGCCUCCAAGAUCCCCGAUGAGGUCGUCCACGGGACCUUCGCCGCGCAGAUGGUGCCUACCGCCGAGGUGCCGGAUGCGCCGCACGUCACGCUGGAGAACGCGGCUGAAUCGCUGUGUGGGCUCUUCCUGCGCGAGUUUGACAAGGCCGUCAAGGAGAGCAACGACGCCAAGAUCACCCGCUUCUUCAAGCUCUUCCCCCUGAUCGGCCGCUCCGAGGUCGGCCUGGACGUUUACGGCCGCUACGUGUGCCAGGGAGUUGCGUCGCGCGCGCGCUCUAACCUCAACGCGGGGUCCACCGCCCAGAGCAGGGACGGUUUCUUCUACGCCAAUGCCCUUAUCAAGUUGUUUGAGCACAUCGCUCAGAUUAUAGACGGACAUGGUGGCCUGGUGGAGCGCCAUUACGGACCGAGGAAGAUGAACCGGGUGAUUGAGCGGCUGCAGGUCGAAGCCGAUGUCCAAGGUGGCAUCAUCCUUGACACCUGGAGCGACGAGCGCCACAUGGACCGCAAGUUGACUGAGACCAAGUCUUAUGCGUUCACCUUCCUCGUGCAGAGCUUUCUGCCCCAGCGCAGCACCACCCCACGGUCUAGCUCUCCUGCUAGCAAGGACGGCGGUGUGGCGGCGGAGGACGAGGGAGUGGAUAUGAAAGAGGUUGAUGGGGUUCUCAACGAGAUGGCGGUCAUGCUGGGCCGGUGGUCCCUUUACUGUCGUUUCUUGGCAGAGACGUGCAAUGGUACGGAAGAGGAUGACCAGAGGUUCACCGCUCCGCAAUUCCUGCAAGAAUCGAGUCUUGCCAGGAAGGUCAACGACCGGUUGGUGUCUCCAUUCAACACGAUGACAACAUUCUUCUUCCGGCGGUCCGUCGAGAAGGCCUUCCAGCUGGACGAACAGCCAUCCGGCUUGACCCUCCAGCCCCAGCGGCCACUAAAGGCCGAUCCGCCGCACAUCACCUCGGCCGUCGACGACAUCAUGUACAUUGUCAACAAAGUCCUCCAGCAGUCGCUGGCGACGUCGCAGAUCGGGGUCGUCACGAACGUGGUGCCCACCCUGUCGCGGGUGCUCGGCUCCGACUUCAUCGGCAUGACGCAGCGCAAGAUGCGCGACGAGUGCUACCCGCGGGCACCGGUGCAAGGCGCACAGCCCCCCGAACACCUUCUCAUCCCGUUCCUCGUCCUCAUCAACAACCUCGACAUAGCAGUCGACUACGUCCGGCGAAUCGUCCAGAACCACACCGAAGCCAAGAAGCGAAUCACCGGGCCAGACGGGCAAACAGAGGAGUCAGAGCCCCUGCGCGCUCUCUUCCCGGUACCAGCCGACGCGGCCCUCGCCCUACGGACCCUCCAAACCAUGUCGUCCUCCUUCGAAUCCAAGGCCACCGAGCUCCUCUCCGACGGCAUCCAAGUAGUCUUCAACAACGUGGUCAAGAACCGACUCCGGCCAAUCCUCGCCGACGCCUUCCGCGACAUCGAAUACCAACCGGGCAACGACCGCGACCCAACAAGCACCGCCUACCACGAGUACGACCAAGACCAUGACCACGACCACCACGACACCGGUCACAGCAGCGGAGACACCAACAGCCGGGCAGAACUAGUGCGCCCACGCUUCGCCAACAGCUGGACCGAGCUCCUCCUCCCGGUGUCUCGAAUCCUCACCGCAUCCGCCUUCGACCGCCUCCUAACAGUAACAGUCGCGUACCUCGCACGACUGCUCGAAAAGCGCCUCUGGUCCUACCACGGCCGGGUGAACGCGCUAGGCGCGACACGACUCGAGCGCGACGUAUCGGGCGUCGUCAGCGCAGCUGUAGACGUAGGCGGCACGCACGGCACGCCAGGCCGGUACAGACACCGGGAGGCGUUUGCGCGGUGCACGCAGAUGGCGCUGGUGGUGGGGAUGGACGAGGACGAGUGGGAUGAUGUGCUACGAGGGGGGGAGACAGCUGAGGUGGUUGAUAAGUUGAGUGCGGAGGAGAGGGUACGGGUGAGGGGGAUGGUGCGGAGGUAG